AUGCCGCUCAUCAUCGGAGUGGUCAUGCAGCUUUCUCAGCAAUUCUCAGGAAUCAAUGCGUUGACCGUGGCCAACUUCGUGGUCGGCAUCGGAGUGCCGCCACUCAAGCUCAUGCUCGGCAACUACACCUUUCUGCCGUUUUCCGUUUUCCUGGGCGGCUUUUGGAUCUUCACGUACCGCAUGGUGCCCGAGACGAGGGGCAAGACGUUCGAGGAAAUAGCCGCCUCUUUCCGCCGCUCCGGCCGACACAGCAGGUCCGCCGAAAAAUAUAAGCGCCUGUCGUCCGUCUGA